AUGGCCGCGGACAAGGUGGCGGUGUUGAAGGCCUUUGUGGACAUGGUGCUGGGUGAGGGCCAAGACAUGCUGAAGGACUUCUCCUUUGACAAGGUCCCGGCCGCCAUGAACACUUGGAGCGCCACCUGGGCCACUGUGACCAAGCCCAGCGGCUUCACCGCUGCGGAGAUGACUUUGCUCAGCAGCACGAGCGCCUGGACCGGCCAUGGGAACGAUGUGAUCACUUCCAAGAGGAACUCCUACACCAUGUGGAAGUUGGGAGAGCUGGAGGUGUCAAUGGAUGCUAUGACAAGUCGCCUUGAGGCCUUGGAGACGCAUUUGGAUGGCUAUGGAAUUGUGCCCUUGCACGGCAGCGGCACCACCAACACCAAGAAUUGGUUUGCCAAGGCCAUGAAGAUCAUGGAGACCCGUGCCCGGGUGCCCCUCUUCCUGACCUACCGUGCCGUUGGCAGCGGCACGGGCCAGAAGGAGUUCGUGGGCGAUGGCGCCUCUAUGUUUAAGAGCUACAGAAACUUUGGAGCCGGUGACAUUCCCAUGUCCAACUCCAACUUCCAGACCCUCAUGAGCCAGAGCCCGGCGGAGACGAUGGUGCACAUGCCGCUUGCCCUGGGCGCCAUCGGUGUGUUCCACUCGGUGCCCAAGGAGAUGUUGGGAGGUGCCACCGAGCUGAAGCUGGAUGCCUGCCUUCUGGCGAAGAUCUUCAGCGGUGCGGUGACCACCUGGGACGACCCCCAGGUUCUGACGCAGAACCCCAACCUGAACGUGCCUGCAAACACUGUCAUCAAGGUGGCCCACAGGACCUUGGGCUCCAGCAGCACCGGGGGCCUCUCGGGAUACUUGAACAAGAAGUGCCCAGCCAGCUGGACCUUGGGGGCCUCCUCCUCCAUCAGCUGGCCCUCCCAGAGCAACUUCAACAACGUGGAGGGCUCUCCGGGCAUGCAGAGCUUCAUCAUGGGCAACCAGUAUGCCAUCGGCUACCUGGACGCGGGCCACGGCCACGACUUCGAGAUGUCCGAGGUGGCGCUCACCAACUUCGCAGGCAUGACGCGGACCUCCAAGGAGUCCAUCGCGCUGGGCGGCGUGGCGGAGGCUGGGUCCCAGGCCGCCAGCUCCAACGUCUUCCCCGCGGACGCCUCCACGGACUGGUCUGCGGUGAACCUCUAUGACAUGCCGGGAGACAGCACCUGGCCCAUCGUCUUGGUGAGCUACCUGUAUGUGAAGAAAGAUCAGUCGAGCACGAAUCCCAAGACUGCUGCUGCUUUGCAGGCCUUCAUCGACAUGGUCAUCCGCGACACCGACUCCCUGGCCGCGGAGUUCGGCUUCACCUCGCCCUCGGCGUCUCUGCGGUCCCUGAGCCUCAGCGCGGCCAGCACCAUCGUCUACCCCGCAAGCAUGGUGUCCUUCACCGUGGAGAGCAGCACCAUGGCCUAUGCCGGCAUGGGCGUUAAUGUCAUCAGCGCCAAGCGCCACUCCCAUGACAUCUACGACAGCGACGUGAUGCAAGAGUCCUUGAACAAGCUGCGCGCGGGGAUGCAGACGCCCUCGGGGGAGCAGGAACAGGCCGCCGGAAAUGAUGCGCCCACAACAGACAACAUGCCGAUUGUGUUGGCAGCGGUGGCCAUGGUGAUCUCAGUUAUCUCAGGAUGCGUGGGGUUCUUUGCCCUGCUGAUGGCUCGAAAGCCCCGGCAGGAACGUUUCGGAGCUCCCAGCCCCACCGAUAGUGGCAGUCAGCUUUAUGGCUCUCGUGCCUAG